AUGGGCAAUUACACCUUCUUUAACGAUUUUGAGCCUUUUGUGACUAAAUAUGAGAACUUUGAUGCACUGGGAUUUCCGGAGGAUCAUCCAGGAAGAUCCAAGUCGGACACCUAUUAUCUGAAUUCUGACAGCUUACUGAGAACUCACACUUCGGCUCAUGAAGUUGAAUGCUUCCAAACUUCCAAGACUGCAGGGUAUUUGAUUAGUGCUGAUGUUUACCGUCGUGACGAGAUUGAUAAAACGCAUUAUCCUGUUUUUCAUCAAAUGGAGGGAGCUAGAAUUUGGAAGAAGUCAGAUUUUUCAUCGCAGGAAGAACUGAUCAACCAGCUAGAAAAAGACAUUGAGUCUCUGCCAAAAACCAAUAUGAUUGUGGAAGAUCCAAACCCUCCAUUUCACGAAGAGCGCAACCCAAAACAAGAUCACAUGACUGACAGAGAGACUGAUUUGGUUGCUCAACAUUUGAAGAGAACCAUUGAGAUCCUGGUUUCUCAAGUCUUCCAGACUGAUGAGCCUUUGAGAGUGAGAUGGGUUGAAGCUUAUUUCCCUUGGACAGCACCCUCUUGGGAGAUUGAAGUUUGGUGGGAAAAUGAGUGGCUUGAAUGCUGCGGUUGUGGAGUUGUUCGCAAGCCUGUACUGGAUACAUCAGGAUUGGACGAUACCAUAGGCUGGGCUUUUGGUGUAGGUCUGGAUAGACUGGCGAUGCUGCUCUUCGGAAUUCCAGAUAUACGGCUGUUUUGGACUUUGGAUCCUAGAUUCAAGUCUCAGUUCAUGGAGGGCCAGAUAUCCAAGUUCAAGCCCUACUCUAAGUAUCCUGGCACUAUGCGUGACGUAUCAUACUGGAUCAAUGAGGAUCGGUCAAUUCACGAAAACGACUUGAUGGAGAUUGUCAGGAAUACCGCUGGUGACCUAGUGGAAAGUGUUAAGCUGAUUGACGAGUUUGUUCAACCAAAGACUGGCAGGAAGAGUCAAUGCUACAGAAUACACUAUCAGUCCAUGGAGAGAUCAUUGACUAACGAGGAGAUCAACAGGUACAACGACGAGGUUAGAGAUACGCUGGUGAAGGAUUUUGGCCUGGAGUUAAGGUGA